AUGCGGCUAGGCAAUGGCUUGGAUUGCAUAGCCCAAUUUCCUCCUUCAGAAUGGAGUUCAAGGUUAUUUUGGUCAUUUCUUCUCCAUGCGACGCUCUUCUCGUGUCUGUCCCAACCGUCUAGAUUUGCCACCGUCCCAGCCAACGCAACCGAUCGACUGGCUCUGCUGACCUUCAAGGACCGAAUAACCAAAGGUCCUCUCAACGUCAUGAGCUCGUGGAACCAUUCUCUUCAUUUCUGCAAGUGGCGAGGAAUCACGUGCAGUCUCAGGCAUGAGAGGGUCACCGUCCUCAACCUAACGUCCCUUGAAUUGGAAGGUUCUAUUCCUCCCCAUAUAGGCAAUCUCACCUUCCUCAACGCAAUCCACCUUGGAGACAACAGCUUCCGCCGCGAAAUUCCACGAGAAAUAGGACACCUCUUCCGUCUCGAGCGUAUCGAUCUCAGCUCCAAUUCAUUUGGAGGAGAAAUCCCGUCCAAUCUGACCUACUGCUCGAACCUCCGAGUCAUCAAUUUUUCAUUCAAUGAGCUAGUAGGUGAGAUUCCCAUCGAGCUUAGCUCUUUAUCGAAGCUCCGUGGGUUAUUUCUCCCUGUAAACCAUCUCGUCGGAAGCAUCCCACCUUGGCUAGGAAACCUUUCGUCUCUCACUCAUCUUUCUUUAAGAAGAAAUAACUUACAUGGAACCAUCCCUGCUGAUUUAGGCCGCAUUCCAAAGUUAGGACUCCUCCAGAUAUCUCAAAACAAUCUGUCCGGCACAAUCCCUUCUCCCAUAUACAAUUACUCGACUCUGUAUCUGUUGUCAGUCACAGCCAAUCAACUUCAUGGAACCCUUCCACCCGACUUAGGCCUCUUUCUUCCUAACCUCCAGUACUUCUAUGUGUCGAGAAACUGGUUUACCGGACCCAUUCCGGUUUCAUUAGCCAAUGCUACAUUCUUUCAAGAGCUCUAUCUCACCAACAAUGAUUUCACUGGAGGGGUGCCUAUGAAUCUUGGGACUCUUCGAUAUCUUUAUAUACUCACCAUUGGUGGUGACAUUCCUUUCAGUAUUGGGAAGCUUCAUAAGCUGCAAUUUUUAGACUUGUCAGGAAACAGAUUUUCUGGGCAAAUUCCGUCGUCCAUAGGCAACUUCACAGAACUGAAUAUAUUUUACUUGCAAGAAAACAACCUAUCUGGUAACAUACCUUCGAGUCUAGGAAAUUGUCAAAAACUGAUAGUUUUGAACCUUUCCCAAAAUAACCUUAAUGGUACAAUACCCAAACAGCUCGUUAGCCUCACUUUUCUGUCAAUAUCUCUCAACUUAGCUAGAAACUCUUUGAUUGGGUCCUUACCCGUGGAAGUGGGUAGCUUGAAAAAUCUUCAAGAACUAGAUGUUUCGGAGAACAAAUUGUUAGGCGAAAUUCCCGAAACACUAAGCGGAUGCCAGAGCUUGGAACGCUUGUACAUGGAAGGUAACGCUUUUCAAGGGACCAUUCCCAAGUCUUGGAACACCUUGACAGGUAUUGAAGAGUUGGAUUUCUCACGAAAUAACUUGAGUGGGCUAAUUCCAAAAUAUCUAGAGAAUUUUACUUCAUUACGUAAACUAAAUCUUUCUUUCAAUGAUUUUGAGGGCCAAGUGCCUGUCCAAGGGGUGUUUGAAAAUGCAAGUGGGAUUUCUGUCAUAGGGAACAGUAAACUCUGUGGAGGUAUCCCAAAACUAGGCCUACCCAAAUGCCUUGUUCUGAGAUCCAAAUCACGAAGGUUUUUAAACCUGAAAGUAAUCAUACCAGUCAUCGUUGUUGCUGUGUGUUUGAUUUUAUUAUUGUUGUGCUUUGCUCCUCUUCUUUGGAGAAGAAAAUCAAGACAGAAGCAUUUGCAAACUUCCUCGGAAGACCGGUACAAGAACUUCUCUUAUGCGGAGCUUCUCAAAGCAACUGAUGGGUUCUCUUCACACAAUUUGAUUGGCGUAGGAAGUUAUGGUUCUGUUUAUAAAGGAUACUUUGUUUCAGAUGGCCAAAACCGUUUCAAGUUUUGA